CCUUCCUAAAAUCCUAGCUACAUCCCUGCUGGAGAGCUGAACAGAAUGCCCUGGAGGGGUAUGAAGUUAAGAUUCAUAAAAGCCAAGACGGAAGGAGCUUUGCAGCAGGGAAGAGAGAAGAGACGUAGUCAUCAGGGAGCAGAGAGGGGAGGAUAAAAGGAGGCUACAGCUGUGUGGGAGGGAGAGAAGACACUGAGGAAGACAAGGAGGAAAGGCCACUGACUUCAGGAGUAGCAAAUAACUGGGAAAGAAAGAGACUUGAAGAUGAUGGAUCUCCAAUCAGGAAUGGAAAGUUUGGACCCUGACUCAGUCAAGUUCUCAAAGCUCACGGAUAUUGAGGGAAUCUAUUUAUUCAAAGAUACUGUGGAGCAGUGGGAGGUGAUACAUAACUUCAAAGCUCGUCCUGAUGAUCUUCUUAUUUGCACUUACCCUAAAUCAGGGACUACCUGGAUGCAGGAAAUAGUGGAUAUGAUCCAGAAUGGGGGAGACCCAGAGAAAUGUGCUUGGGCCCCCAUCUACCAACGUAUGCCCUUCAUAGAGCUAUGCUUUCCAAAACCCGUCCCUACAGGUGUUGAAGAAGCAGAGGCAAUGCCCUCUCCACGCACACUCAAAACACAUCUCCCAGUUCAUCUCCUGCCACCUUCUUUUUGGGAACAGAAUUGCAAGAUCAUUUAUGUGGCCAGGAAUGCCAAAGACAAUGCUGUCUCCUAUUUCCACUUCCACCGCAUGGAUAACAUGAUUCCUGACCCUGGAAGAUGGGAUGAGUUUCUGGAGACUUUCAUUGCAGGGAAGGUUAUGUGGGGUUCCUGGUUUGACCAUGUUCGGGGUUGGUGGGAGGCCAAGGACCGUCAUCCAAUUCUAUACCUCUUUUAUGAAGAUAUGAAAGAGGAUCCAGCCAAGGAAAUCCAGAAGGUAGCUCACUUCCUGGGAACAGAUCUCUCCGAACCAGUUCUGAACCGAAUUGUGCAGCACACAAAGUUUGAGAGCAUGAAAACAAACCCAAUGGCUAAUCACCGCACCUUGCCUUCCUUCAUCUUUGAUCAAACUGUGUCCCCCUUCAUGAGAAAAGGCAUUGUUGGAGACUGGAAAGAUCACUUCACUGUGGCUCAAAGUGAACGGCUGGAUAACCUCUGUGCCCAGAAACUCAAAGGCAGCAGCCUGACCUUUCGCACACAGCUAUAAACACACCUCUGGGCCUCUCACUUUCCUGACAACACACAUAAAAUCAACCAAUUGAGCUGAAUGGGUGAAUUCAUCCAUAUAUUACGGGGUUCCCAAUCAUGGUGAAAGUCUACAUCAAUACAGUUGCACAAACAUUGGACUGAAUUCCCUAAUGCUUUCCUCUUGUCAAGUCUAUUUCUUUCUUGUUUACAGAGUAAGAUGCUCAUGUCUACCUUGGAUUUAUCCCAUCUUUCCUCAGCAGUCUUUGUCAGGUCCUCAUCUAUCCAUAGCCAGUAGACCCUGUCCUCUUUUAUCUGUCAGAUAUGUAAUUUCUUGAAUAAAUA